AUGAGAUCCAUCGUGAAUUUGUUGAUUGCAUUCGCGCCCUUGCUUUGUAGUAUCCAAGCGGUGGGAGCAAGUGUGCCUACGACAACAUUGGAAGGCGUAUUGAAAAUGCCCGACAUGUCGCCGUUCAAUCUGACUGCCCGCAUCACUUUGAACCACGACGAAUACACAACAUUUUCCAGAAGUGACGGCAGCUUUGUCAUCUACAACGUGGGACCUGGGAUCCACCAGAUAGACAUCUACAACUCUCUGUUUCACUUUAGUCAAGUCAAAGUACAACUACUGGAAGAUUCCAUGGCCGCACCGAAAUGUCUCGAAUAUGCGUAUCCAGGAGCGACCAAAAAUCAGAUUCCAUAUCCCAUGGUUCUGACUGCCCAUGCUGCCUUUGAGUUCUUUGAACAGAGAAAAGGAUUUUCCAUCUUCGUCAUUUUCAAGAAUCCAAUGUUCCUCAUGAUGGCAUUUAGUGUAGGAAUGAUGUUCCUAAUGCCAAAGAUGAUGGAAGGACUAGACCCAGAAGAAAAGGAGAGAAUGAAGCAGCAGAUGGAGAUGCAAAAAGACCCAACCAAAAUGCUGUCAUCACUAUUUUCCAUGGGAGAGGAGCCACCACAGCCAGGAAAGGCAAAGAAAAAGAAAAACUAA